UAUUUCUGUUUUAUUUCUCCAGCAAUCGUGGCUCAACACGCGUGUGAAUCUCUUUUGAGAUCCAACGUGAUGCUACAGCGGAGCCUACUUCGUCGCACACCUGAGGCAAGUGCGAGCACACAUGUGCGCAACAAUCAUGCAUGUUUCAUGAUCGAUCAACGUGACCUUGUGGCUGCACACGCAUGAGAGGCACGUGCAGAUGACGGGAAAGCCACGCACCGCGAGUCGGUGGCGCAAAUAUAGGUCAUGCAAGCAAACAAGCGCUCACUCGGAAAUGCAUUGGAUUAUAUACGGAAUAUUUUGGUUGCCGCUGCACAUGCUUCGACCGCGAGCGAGGAGCCCUCCCCUCACGGGAGUUGGCUCUGGAAAGGCGAGAGGAUACCACAGCCAAACAUGACAAGUGACCGCGCGCAGCACGAGCGCGCUCAGUGGGAGUGGAAGUGCGAAGGAAGGAAAGCCGCCCGGUGUUGUGGCAUAAAUCCACGAGGUAUGACAACCAGCGCGAGCCCAUCGGGUGCACGUUGCAUCGCGCCGCAUCGGGUUCAGGACCAGCUGACAGGAUGAGCUGAAACAUUACGCGCAAGCGAGCCAAGCGCCAAGGGCAACGGUCUCCGCUGACCUCUGUGGAAACGAUCCCCGCGUCGCUCUUACCAUCGUCUGGCGGAGGUUCAUGAAGAAUGUAAGCGCGCGCGGAUCGCUCUGAGCGGAUCGCUCCGAGCGGGCUGGAUGAAGCCCUCGGCCUCGGUGUCAUGCGUCCUGCCCCGCAGCCGAGCGCGCUCCUGAUCGUCGCCGCUGCCGCUUUCCUGCUUUGCACGGGGACGGUCGCGUCGCCGCUGCUCUCGCCGGGCUGCCCUGAGCGCUGCUUGUGCGACGAGCAGUUGGUGGUUCAAUGCGCUGGGCAGCACCUAAGCAGAUUCCCCGCGGACCUGCCCCUGGCCACCCGGCAGCUGAUCAUCUCCAACAAUUUGAUCGAGGAGCUACCGCCGCUGGCGCUCAACUACCUCUCGGACCUGGUCUACCUGGACUGCAGCAACAAUUCCUUGAACGAGAUCUCUCAGUCCACGUUUGGGAAUCUGCGCAAGUUAGCCUACCUUGACCUCUCGUUCAACAGCCUCACCCGCAUCGAGGACAGGACCUUUGCACCCCUGGACAGUUUGGUCAUGCUGCGGAUGACGGAUAACCCGUUCCUCUUUGAGAUCCACCGGGACGCAUUUGCGGAGAACCCGGUCCUCCAGGUGCUCGACGUGAGCAGGAACAACUUGACGGUGCUCAACGUCAGCACCCUGAUCUCUCUACCUGUCCUGCGCUCAGUGGGUCUCAGUGGCAACCCAUGGAGCUGUGAAUGCUUCACCGAGGAGCUGGCUCUGUGGGUCCACUUGGAGGGCUUCAAGUUUCAAGACGAAGGCCAGACCACGUGCAGUUCCCCGGACGACCUGCAGGGCCUUCGCCUGGGUGAGGCGGCCAUCCAACUUGGGACGUUGUGCCGCCACACUUUGGGUUCCUGGGACUAUCUUUUCUUCGUCAUCAUCGGCUUUGUCAUCUUCGCAGCGGGCACCGUACUGGCCUGGGUCACGGGGGUCAUCAUGGUGGUUUACGAGCGCUAUAUCAAGACGAGAGAUGAGCAUCUGGAACUGGACGAGGACGAGGAAGGGGCCGCGGAGUCGGGGCGGACCCACGAGAAUGCUUUGUUAAAACACACUGUUACUGUUUAGGAGGUGCAAAUAAGAGCGAUGAUUGCAGCAGCAAAGUUCUCCACUUUCAGCUUCCUGGUGUCUCCUUACUGGCACUCACCUUCCUGGAACACGCCAAGCAGCAUUCAAUCAAAGUAACACUUUAUAUUAAAGUCUUCGAAAGGAGAAACUCAGGAUUGAACGUGUGCGUGUUUGCUCUUUCUGGUUUGCAGCAGUCACCUCUGUAACUGGAGACCAGAAGGUCAUGAAGGUCAUUUUUUGCAUGGCAAUCCCUUCACUUACACAAAAUGCACUUCACUGCGUGUAUGUGUUCAGUUAUGACUACAUUGGUGCAAUAUCUCUAUACGUGCGAUAUCUUUUUU